AUGGGUCAACAGUCUUUUCGAGGCACACCUAUAAUGCAGUCGUAUGUCAUCAUUCAAUUCUUGUUGCUCCUAUUGGUGAAAGUCGAGAAAUCCGAUGAAAUUUCGAGUCCUAUCGAACCAUUCACUACCUACAAAAAUUCAGCUGAACUCGAAAGAAAUGUUGCUGAUCUUUGGUGGACAGUAGACGAUGCUGAACGAGAGAUCAUGUUCGAAUUGCAUGUCAAAACUACAGGAUGGAUUGCUUUGGGUAUCAGUCCAGCUGGUGGAAUGAGCGGAGCUGAUAUUGGUGUUGGAUGGGUCGAUCGGGCAGGCAAAGUUCACUUUCAAGAUCGGCAUUCAUUCAGUACGUCACGGCCGGUCAUCGACAAUACAACAACAGAUUGGUUUCAUCUGCAAGGUCGUGAACAAAAUGGAUGGACAUCCAUUCAAUUUAAACGCUUGCUUGAUACAUGUGACUCGAUGGAUGUUCCAAUCAGGUCUGGAACCAACGUUCUCAUUUUUGCCUAUGGUCUCGUCGAUCCUGAUAUGUCUCGAUCGGAUGGCGACAUAUCAUAUCAUGAUUCUCGACGAGGUUCACGAAUGAUUCCACUUCGAUCUUAUGGAAGUCCAUCUUCGGAGGAGAAGUUUGUCGGGCUUGACUCAUUUGAGUUUCGGGCCAGCAAUUAUCAUGUUCCAUCGGAUGAAUCAACCUAUUAUUGCAAAGUAUACAAAGCGCCUAAUCAUUUUCAGACAAAAAGACAUGCUAUAGCAAAUCACGUACUGAUCGAUUCGGCUAAUCGUGAUCUUAUUCAUCAUAUGGUUGUUUACGAAUGUGAUCCAGCGGCAACAUUCGAUGAUGCAAAUCUGCCCGACGAUGCUUGCGAUAACGUUUAUGUUCAAGUACCUUUGUGCAUGUCGAACAGUGCCAGUGUAUGGGCUAUUGGUGGUGACUAUAUCGAGGAGUUUCCUGAAGAAGCUGGUUAUCCUGUCGGCGGUAAUUUUCCUGUUAAAUAUUACGUGCUUGAAAUACAUUAUGAUAAUCCGAAACGAGCGUUAAAUCGUACUGACAAUUCAGGAAUUCGAUUUUACAUGGGCAAAGAACUUCGUCAACACGAUAUUGGCUUUCUUUCUUUCGGCACAGGUCCAAAUCCGGCAUCUCUUGCCAUACCACCACAAGUCAACAGAUUUAUUGUUGACUCCUAUUGUGAUCCAAAAGCUUCUCAACAUUUACCUGAAUCUGGUAUCACCGUUUUGUCAGCCUUUCCUCAUACUCAUUUACAAGGCAAGCAGCUUAUUUCAAGUAGAAUUGAAAAUCAGUUUUUACUGUUUACAUGA